AUGACUGCUCUACAGCUUCAGACCGCUGAUAACCGGGUGCAAGGCCGCUUAGCCCUGGUGACUGGAUCAAGUGGCGGAAUCGGAUCAGCUUGCGCGAGGGCCUUGGCUGCCGACGGAUGUGAUGUUGCACUGCACUAUUCUUCAAGUCAGGAAAAAGCAGAAUCCUUGGCGCGCGAACUUACAGACAAGCACCCUUCGCAGCUGUUUGUAACUGUAUCCGCAGAUCUGUCUGUUCGUGACUCGACGCGAACACUGGUCGACAGAGUCUUGGCACAGGAAAAAGUCGCUGAGAAGCAUAACGCAAUCUCAAUCUUGGUUGCCAACGCCGGUUUGGGGCGUCGAAUUCGCGACAUCAAGGACAUUGGGGAAGACGACUGGGAUGAGAUGAUCGAGGUCAACACCCGUAGUCAAUUUGUCGUGACGAAAGCUUGCCUGCCGGGAAUGCGAAAGCAAGGAUGGGGUCGCGUCAUUUUGAUUGGAAGCAUCGCAAGCCGGGGCAGUGGUCUCAACGGCUGCCAUUAUGCUGCUUCAAAGGGUGCUCUUUGCUCAAUGGGUUUAAACCUGGCUACCAUAUUGGCGCCAGAGGGUGUCACUGUGAAUAUUGUGUUGCCCGCGAUGAUCGGGUCUACUGGAAUGAUCCCGGCUCCAAAACAGACGACAUGGAAUGAAGACUGCAAUCUGCAGAGCAUGAUGGCGACAGAUCCGGGCCUGGCUAUUGCUGGCAGCAUCCCGGUGCACCGCUUAGGCCUGCCGAACGAAGUUUCCAGCGUCGUUUCAAUUGAUUCCAAUGGAUUGCCCGGAUGUCCUCCGUGUCGGAGAUGCGUUGAAGAACGCCGGGAAUGCAUUCUGGCGAAAUCAAGACGCGGUGGUCGCCGGGUCCGAGGGAGUAAGUCUUCAGGACAACGUGACAAACCCCAGCCACCGAAUGAUCACGGCCACGACGCCAGCUUCGUCCGGGAAGACGACGCUUCCAACGAGGAUAACGAUCAUGCCGACUCGUUACCGCCCGGUAACCGGAGACCAUCGGAUGUAUUAGAGCACUGGCAGUCUCCACCGCCGGCGGCAGGGUGGCCCGGGGAUGCAUCUGGCGCCAUGCAAGAACGGCCUCCGCUGGGAGGAAGCUCAGAUGGACUCGAGGGCCGCAUUACGUCUGGAGAUCUCCUGAACCCAUCUGAUGCGUUAGAUCUACUUGCUCAGGUAGCUGAUCUCGACACUCAUGAACGCGGUGGCCCAUCUAGAUCCACAGGAGACAGCACGAAUGCCCAGGGAAUCCCAGUGGACACGAUCGGCUCAGCAGCCCAAUACCCACCUAUAUCAGAAGGCAUCUUGCCCCUCUCACAGGUUGCUGUGCUCGUUCAGCACUAUCACGACCACUUCCACCCGUUCUACCCGAUUGCAUACAAGUCCAUUUUUGACGGAGAAGAUGUGUCGGAAUGGAUUGAGAAGGAAGAACAUCUCCUGACAGCUAUUCUGACCGUUGCUUCUAAAGAUGACCCAACCUGGGCCCUCGUCCACGAGGCAUGUUCCCGCCACAUGGAGAGUCUCAUGUCCAAAUUAAUAUACACCGGCUCUACCACCGUCGGCGCCGUGGAAGCCAUGCUCAUUCUUGCCGAAUGGGUUCCUCAGCAUCCGCAAGAGAACGCCGUGAUCGGCUGUGGCAAAGAAGAUCAGGGUGCGUGGAUGCUAGUCGGUGUCGCUAUCAGACUUGGGUAUCUCCAAAGGCUAGAACAGACUGGAUUGCUCCAGGACAAGGACUAUCAAUCGCAAAACUUCAGCCGCAAACGAAUUGCCUGGGCAGCAUGUUACAUGAGCGAUCGUCAAGUCUCCAUCCGACUCGGCAAGGGGUUUUGGUCUCGUGGACCUGGCCCAUCCACCAACCUGCGCGCCGCCGACUUUCCCUCUUUGAAAGCACAGAAGCUUGGGUCCGACGAUCUCGCGCUGCUAUUUCAAGCGCAUCUGGAAUUGACACAACUGUUCAGUAAUGCUCAUGAUAUCCUCUACUCCUCCACGAGCCAUAGGGAACAGUUGUAUGUUGGAGGGGAAUACGUGAGAUACAUUGAUGAUUUCUCCUCCGUCCUUCGAAAAUGGAAGCUCUCAUGGGGUGGUUUAAGCUCGACAAUAAACCGGGCCAUGGCGAGGGCCCGAUCAGCAUCACCAAACACCGCGCCCAUCAUCGGACCACUAUUCUCAGACUUGGCUGCCGCUCCUGACGCACGAUUCAUUUACGAGUCGAUUGAUGCCGCUAAUUCACUACUUGGCACAUUGAACAGCUUCAUCGACCCUGUGAUGGGUCUGAAGUACAUGCCACUCAAGUAUUAUUUAUACGUCAUCUAUGCAGCGGUUUUCCUGUUUAAGGCCAGAUUAGCUGGGGCAAUUAAUGCUUCCGAUACAACUGGAAUGCGCCGCGCCAUCCAUGAGACUAUCACUCGGCUCCAGAAGACGUCUGAUAAUCCCCAAAGCGUAGGCCAUCGCUACGCCCGAUCUCUCCGCUUACUCUGGCGUAAGUUGAUGGGGAGACCGAUACACCCAGCGGAUACAAGAAGAACAUCAAUUGGAGACCCAUCUGCCAUGGCCCUUGCGUCCGCACCUGUGCAACCGAGGAUCGAUUGUGGCGACUGGACUGCGGAGCUAGAGAGUCUGAAUGGGUUCUCAUGGAGGGACCUGGAUUCUCUCGGGCAGUAUAUCGCUAACAAUGGAACUUUGAGCACAAUGGAUGGUGCUCUAACAAGUCCAGAGAUGAAUUCAGAUCAAGGAACCGGGGGAAUAGAUGACUUGACUGCCGGAUUCUGGUAUGAUAACCUAUGGUCUGGGAACAAUAUUAUAUUCUAA